UUGUGUUAUACUAUAACUGAAGUGGGAAAAUGACUUGAUAUCAUUGCAUACAUUGAAUAAGUGUGAACCAGGGCCAGAUUGGUUAUCAUUUUUCUUUAAUUUUGACCUCCAACAUUUACAGACCAUAAAAAUUGAAAAAUAAAUCAAUUAAAAUGGUGGAAAAUAGCAAUGAUGGUGAUGAGUUGGAAACAAAAACAAAACGUGAUACUUUAAUGGUUUUUAAAAGUCAUAGAGGACCUGUAUUAUGCGGAUCACUGAGUAAAGAUGUACAAUUUGCUGUAACUGGUGGUGCAGAUUCAAAAGUUUACUUGCACGAUUUGAGAACUUUCGGAAGCGUUAUAUUGACCAUGACAUUUUUUGGCAAAGAGCUCUACACAUAUGUAGAUUUUAGUUACGAUGAUCGAUAUAUAGCAAUAGGAGAUAAUAAUGGUACCAUUCAAGUUUACAAGAAGUACAUCAAUUUGAACGCUUUGAUAGUUCAUCAACACGAGUGUAAUGAAAAAUUUGUAUGGAUUCAAUGGCAUCAUACAAUUUUAAAUCGAUUGCUUGGUCUAUCUUUGGAUGGUAGAAUUUACUCAUGGGAUGUUCCUAGUAGACCAAAGUCUAUUAAACCUUUUAAUGCAGAAACUACUACGGCAUGUCUAACAUCUGAUGGAAAUAAACUCAUAGUUGGAUGCAGGACAGGCACGUUGAACGUGGUCGACUUAAUAACAGGUGUACUUUUGACAACAGUCACGCCAGACAUAGGACAUACUUCUGAUAUCACCUCUGUCGACUGCCACGCCAAUAAUUUAAUUAUUUCGGGUGCUAUGGAUGGCAAAACCAUCAUAAGCGAUGCUAAUACCGGCGAAGUAAUUAUUGUUUUGCACGAUGUAUAUGUUGGAAAACAAAGGAAUAUCAUGCAAUUUUUCGGGAUGAGGGAGUUUUGUGAUCCUAGCGUAAUGAGGAACUGGACUGAAAGUAUUGCUAUUCAGAAAAAUGUUGUGCUACCGAUGGCUGCCACUGGCACCUUCUGGGGUGAAAUCUUUAUCUGGGACGUGGAAUCGAAAUUAAUGCAGCAUAAAUUAACGCAUGGUGGAGUCACGCGACUCAUGUGGAAAGAAAAUACAUCGAUUUUAUUCUCUGCGAGUAUGUAUGGAAAUAUAAAAUCUUUUAACGGAACGACAGGUGAAUGCCUGUAUACUUUCAAAUGUGAAGGUUUAUCGCAUUUACAUAGUUUUUGUUUAUCUUCAGAUGGCAAAAAAAUGUUAACCACGACCGACGACGGAGUUGCAGUUUUUGAUAUAGAAGACGAUUUGUUAACUGAAUCAUGAUAAAUCAGUCAGUUAAAAU